AUGUAGGCGUUUGUUCGGCAUGAUCAAACAAACAAACUAUGCUCUAAUACAUUCAAUUUAAAUACAAAGUAUAGCAUCGCCCCGGAGUAAAGAAGCUAUCAAGAAAUAAAUAAAUAAAUUCUUUUUUGAAGAUUAUCUGUGCACAACUCUUUCUCUGCCUUGGAAAUAGAAUUUUUCGGGUUUUUUGUUUAUCUGUUUGUGGGCUUAACAUAAAAUGGGUGGCAACAGCACGGCUGCUUUUAGUAUUGGCGGCUACAUAGGUAGCGGCAGUUCUGGCGGCGCUGUAGGCGGUAUUGGAGCCUCAGAUCUAAUACCCAGUAGCAGUAUGUUAGGUUCAUCUUCAACAUCGGGUAUCACUUAUUCAUGCGGUACUAGCUGGGAAGAGUUUUCCGAUCGUCAUGCACGCGUCGCUGCCGCUGAUUUUGCUAAAGCUUGCAUCAAUUUUAUAAAUGGGAAUUUAACACCAGAAGAAGCACGCAAUUUGUCAUAUCGAAAUUUUGGCCAAAAGUUUGUCGACUCAUUUGCCGAACAUUAUGAAACUGAAUUCUUUCGUAGGCGUAACAAUUUAAAGAGUGGUAAUGCUGCUCUUGACGAAAGCGAACAUGACUCACCGAAAAUCUUCCAUAAAGCAUUCUUUCGACGCCUGUCAUUUAAAGGACUACGAAAGGGCAAGAAUUUUCUCUUCUUACAGGCGCUAUUCCAUAAAAACUCGGACGAUCUAGAAAGUGGCGGUAAAAAUAAAACAAAAUUGGCUAAAAUUGUAGUUGAAUGUCGUAAAGAAGGCAUAGUUAAUAAUUUAACGCCAGAAAGUUUGGAUCAACCAACUGGCACACAAAAAUGGGAAAAAUGUCGUUUGGCUUUGGUGAAAGCGGUCGGUGGUUACAUGUUGGAAUUUUAUAUGCCGCCAAAAGCUACAAAGCCUCGAAGUGGUGUAUUUUGUUUCCUAAUAUCGGAGGCGCGUGAAACUACAGCGUUGGAAAUGCCUGAUCGUGAAAAUACAUUUGUUUUGAAAGCGGACAACAAUAUGGAAUAUGUAAUUGAGGCUCAGGAUGCUAACGACAUGCGAAGUUGGUUAGCAACAAUACGUUACUGUAUGCGUACGCCACCAACUCAACAACCUACAAUCGAAUCGGAUGUUAUAGCAUCAGCAAUGCAUACAUCGCCGGUAAACCCAACUAGUGCCGUCGGCUUGAACGUUGUACAAAAUCCCCAAUAUCAUCAACAAAGUGGCAUGGGCUCGAACGGCAAUGUAGCGCCUAGCAGUUCUCUAUCCGAAAAUGCUUUAUCUUCUCUGACGGCAACCGGUGCGGAUAGUGGUGAUCCAGCAACGGCAGAUGAGGCAGCUGGCGAUAGCCACUUGCCUGAUAUACCGCCUAGACGAACAGGUGAACGUGGAGAACAACGUUUAUCGUCAUCAAGUAAUGUCGAAACCUGUGACGGAAUUAUUUUAGAUAACGAAAGUGAUAUCAAUGUAUCAGAUAUUACGGCCGAAAUGCGUCAAUAUCCUUGGUUCCAUGGUACUUUGCCGCGAUCAGAUGCUGCUCGUAUGGUCCUACAAGCUGAAGCAAAUGGUCAUGGUUUCUUCCUAGUGCGUCAGAGUGAAACACGCAAAGGUGAAUUUGUGCUCACCUUCAAUUUCAAUGGACGUGCCAAACAUUUACGUAUGACACUAUCCGAUAAGGGGCAGUGCCGUGUGCAACAUUUGUGGUUCCCUUCCAUACAAGAAAUGCUCGAGCAUUUUCGUCACAAUCCUAUACCAUUAGAAUCGGGCGGUACCUCGGAUGUUACUCUAACAGAAUUUAUACACAAUCAAGCUUGCGGUGGCCCAAUGAUCGAAUCAAAUGGAAUUGAUGGCACCACAGUCUCAACACUGCUUAAUAAUAAUGCAAAUGCAAUAACGGGAGGGGGUGGACCACCAUCCCAGCAAGAUACAUCGCCGAGACAUGUGAGAUCGCAGGAUGUAAUUUCCAUGAAUGUGAGUGUGCGUCUAAAAACCUGUGAAAUUGACUUAGCACAAUUACUAGCUGUAGGAAUGGUCGCACAUCAUCAACAACAAUUAAUGCAACCAAUAUCACAGCAACAACAACAACAGCAGCAGCAGCAGCAGCAACCACAACAAUAUUUUUCACAGCCAGUACAACAUCAGCAACAGCAAGUUAUAACUACAUCAGCGACAACAGUACCAGCGGUAUCAGCACCGCCAAAUACAAAUCCGAAUCAAAAUUUGGCAUUAGAAUUGGAAUCGUUAACAUUGGAACAGCCGCGAACUGAUUACGAAAUGCAUAGCUCAAUGUCGCCGACUCAUUACUAUAUAAGAGGUUCCACAAUUUACCUGCAAUCGCCGGUUAUGUCUCGUAAUAAUAGUAAUAAUCGUCAAACAGCAGCUUUUAGCGGUCACAGUAACGAAACGAAUACAAAUGUUGCAGCUGGUAGUGCGGUCAACACAACUUCCAUACGGGCUGUGGAUAAUCAAUAUAGUUUUGUGUGAAUUGUUUAAAAAACAAAUAAUUAAAGUUAAUAACUUUCUUUAGGCUUUAAUUAAGCGCGUAUGCUUUAAAAUUAGUAUAAACGGAAGGGGGGGGCGGGGGAAAAAAAAAAGUAAAAAGAACAAAGACUUUUAUGUGCCAUUUUGGAAUAUAUUUACUUCGGACUUAAGUCUCAAUAGUUGAGUUUCCUAAAUCAAAAGAAUUAAACUUAAACCUUAGAGUUUUAUCUUUUAAGUUAGUUUAAUACACUACUCGCUUAUAGUAGUUUUUAACGGGAAGUCAGCCUUCAUUACAUUUUUUU